AGUAUCUUACAGGAAUAUUUGUACAGAUAUAUUUAGGCAGUUGAUAAUUAAUAAAGGCAUUUAAACAAAAAUUAAUGAUGGAUUUUACAUAAUUUUACUUUAUCAAUUAUUACACCUUGUGCUAACAGCAAAUUCAUAAAGUAGCUCCAUUAGUGAUAUCAGGGGUUUAAUUCAUAAAAUCAGUGAUGCCUGAAAAAUCAGGAAACUUGGACUGAGUAAAUGUGUUUUUUUAGGAAAAAGAUUCCCAUAUUUUUUUAUUAAUGGACUUCCUAUUAAAAGGCACCAAGCACUUAUAAAUACAUCCAUCUAAAAAAAAUCCAAUUUUGUGAAUCUUGAAAUGCUUUUUCAAAUCUGUAAUCCACCUUGGAGUAAUCGUUUACUUCUUAUUUGAAGCUAGAAUACUUCUAAUAGUUUUGUGGGUGUGAGACUCACAUCUCAUAUAAACCUGUAUGUGAGUUAAGACCCUUUCUCCUCUCACAAUUUUAGAUAUUAAAAGGGCUUCCUGCAGUUACUAUACAAUGAGAAAGCCUCUGAAAAACCACAUCAAAACUGUUGCGGAGGAAUAUUGUGCCUGAGUGGCAUAAACAGAGAAUACAGAUAAACCCAUGAUAUUUUAUUUGUUUUCUAAGUAGUUUUGGAUUAGCUAUAACUGUUAUGUGAGUUCCUGGUGAGGAACCGUGACUUCAUAGACUUCAUAGACUCAUGUGUGUGUCUGUGUAUAUGUGUGUGGUGUGUCUGUGUGUUCCUGUGUGUAUGUCUGUGUGUGUGUUGUUAUUAUAUUGAAAUAGCUACUUGAAGCUACUUACCAUUUUUUCUUUCAUUCUAAGAUAUCCAUGCAAAUCAGAUAGUCAUGCAUUCUAUAUCUAAUGUAAGGAUCAUUCCAUCCUCUCACCACUCCUGACUCUGUAUCCACAUAUCAAAAUAACUGCCUUCAUUACAUGCCUUUUUGAACAAAUACUUGGUGUUCUGGGUACCACUGAAAUGGUUCCAGACAGCAGGGUGCAGAGGUCUAUUAUAUUCUGAAGUAUUACCACCUUUGAUGCUGUCAAAGCAACUGUAAAUAAUGAAGAAAUGUAUCAUAUAGCAGGAAUACCUUUACUUAAUAUGUGUCAAAAUAAUGAAUGAUGGACUAUUUAUACAUUAUUAAAAUUUAUUUAAAAUAUAUUAAAACUAUUAUAAUGAGACUAGUUCAUGGGAAUUAUAAUUAUCUCAAAAUGAGCUCCUGGAAAAACAGUGGGGGUUUCUGUGGGGUUUUAGCAAUGAUUUUGAAACAGAAGUGGAAAGAAACUUAGAUAAGUUGGAGAAAGACAAUGAGUUAGCAGUUGAAUGUCUGUUGCCCUCAUAAAGGACCCCAGAUCAAUUUCCAGCAUCACUGUCUGUCUCAUGAUUUGAUCAUCCUUUUCAAUCCUGAUGGUCAGCUUAUUCAUAUGUACAUGCCUCAACAAUGAUAUAUACAUGACAUACACAAUACAUGACAUAAACAUAUUUAAAAAUACAGAAAAAUGAAAGGAACAAGUUGGCUCUACAGGGCUCUUUAUGAAAUCUAUACCCCAUAAUAAACUAACUUCAAUCAGUACUUUUCCAGAAAGCAGAAGGACAAAAGGAAAAGCAGGUGAAUUGAGAAAAGACCCACACUGUUGCAAAGGAAUACCAAAAUUCUCCACCCUGAUGCAGAGGAAUGUCCAGAGAUGCAGUAUGAGAUAACAUUGCCCAACAACCAGUCCAGAAAAUCAUAGCUCACCAAAUCAGAUAGGGGCAGGACUAGAUGUACUGCUCACCUAAAAUGAUCAAAUCAUUGUAAACUUCGAACACCCUACAGCAUCAUCAUCCAAUAAAUAGCAUAUGGAACUUGAGUCCAACUUGGCAAAAAGCAAAAGGAAUUAGCCUGGUUUGUUUGUUUGUUUGUUUUUGUGUUUUUUAUUGUUUUUGGUCUGUUUGUUGGCUGGAGGAGGGAGGCAGUUGUAAAGGAAUUUCAAUCAUGCUACCUGGCUGCUCUAGCAAGGGGUUACACCAAGAGAUCUUCAUGGGCUGCCUGCUGGGACUGACACACCUGAAAAUCCCCGUGUCUGAAAGGCUGACACACCCUUAGGACACACCUUAAUCCCAAACAAUGUAAGGAACUCUAGUUUGGAAAGAGAGAGGGCCUUGAUUGGAAGUGAGGUCUAGUGGAGGGGCAGACAAAGAGCCAAUCAGAGAAGGACUCCUCAGCAAGCAUCAGAGAUAGGAUCCGCCCACCAGGAAAGGGAGGCUUCUUAAAGAGAGUGCAGCACUCUAGAGCAGCUCAGUUGAGUUCUCACUGUGCAGUGAGGUGGAGCUGAGUGUUGGAUUGCCACCCCACCCCCUUCCCUCCAGCAACCCACCACCCAUUGUUGAUUUUCUGAGUGCGGUUCUGUGCUGGUGAAGAGAGGCACGUGAAUCCCGAGAGUCAGAAGGGACCAGAAGUGUUUGCAGUGGAACCCAACCUGAUCGGGAAGGAGAGAACCCACCAAGAUUGCAGGAGGCAGAGGACAUCUGACAGAAAGGUCUCAGAGGAGAGCAGACGUCUGAGGGAGAGCCUCGGAGGAGGAGAAAUUCCCUGGGAUCCUCUUCAGAGGAUGCACUGUUUCACCUGGCUCCUGCUGGAGAACACAUAGGAGGCUCCAUUUUGGAGAGGGGGGAAACUGAAGGCCUAGGGGGUUCCUCGGGAAAGCCACGGGGGCAGUUCUUUGGGCCUUGAUCACCAUCAUGAUCACCAGCCUGCUUGUACUUGGACUUGCAGCUGUCCUUCUCUACUUUCUCUCCAAGAAGCUUGGACCAAUAUGUGCCCAACAAGAACGCACCUCAAUAGCGUCUGGAAAAGCAGCACUACUGCAAGAAGUGGUAGUCGUGCAACAAGCGAAAUUAGCUGUGAUGUUACUGAGGCUGCAGAGACACGAGAGAGGGGAAGUGAGAGAACCGAAGGCCCUCGAAGGAGAAACUAGGGUACGUGAUGGGUCAGGGGGCCGGGAUGGACAGCCCAUGGAACCUGAGUCGCCCCAGGCUCAGAAGGAAACCGAACAAGGGCAGCAACCCCCACCACCUUUCCCAUUGGCCCAGGCCUGACAAGGGUUUUCAACAACCCGCGGGACCUGUGUUUGCAGAAUCUAAGGAGCCUCCCCGUGGAAAGCAUUCCCACUCAGGGGGCUUGCCUGAGCCUAAGCCGAUGUGCCCCCCAAUUUCUGAGCCACUCCUGCAGCAGCCCUGGCUGUUUCCUUCAGAGACAGGAUCCGCAGAAUUGGGUGGAUCCUAUGAGGACCCCACUGCCUCAUUCACAGUGGUUCAGAGAUUUCAAGAGGCCCUCAAGACCCCAUACAGUCUGGCCUUGAGAAAUGAGCCCGGCAGAGCAGAUCUGAAGCAUGUGGUGAUAGAUGGAGGUAACGUGGCCAUGGCCCAUGGCCAAAAGUUCUUCAGUUGCCGCGGAAUAGCUCUCGCAGUGGAGUAUUUCUGGAAGCUUGGCAACAGAAACAUCACCGUGUUUGUCCCGCAGUGGAGAACGAGACGGGAUCCUCACGUCACGGAACAGCACCUGUUGGGCCAGCUCCAGGACCUCGGCAUAGUGGCUCUGACUCCUGCCCGGAUGGUCUCCCGAGAAAGAAUCUCUUCUCAUGAUGACAGGUUCCUACUGCACCUGGCAGACAAGACCGGGGGGAUCAUCGUGACCAAUGAUAACCUGAGAGAGUUUGUGACUGAGUCGGCGUCCUGGAGAGAAAUUGUUGCCAGGAGACUGCUUCAGUAUACGUUCAUGGGAGACAUAUUUAUGGUUCCCGAUGACCCUCUGGGAAGGCACGGACCUCGGCUGGAAGAAUUUCUUCAAAAGGACCUCUUUCCUCCAGACAAGCAGCUGGUUGAUGAUAGCGGCCCACCAGGCAUGAGCAGUUUGGAUUCUGUCCUCAGGGGCCCUAGCCCCAGCCCCAGCCCCAGCCCCAGCCCCAGCCCCAGCCCCAGCCAAUGGCCACCACCUCAGAACCACGGAGCCUCUCCAAGCCCUGGGCUUCCUCAGCAACAGCUCUUCACUGCCCCGGUCACACUGCCCAGGAUGCAGCAGAAACUGGCCAGGCCCGCACAGAGAUCUUGGGCAGAGACCAGCGAGUUGAGAGAGGCGCUGAUGAGCAUCUUCCCGGACUCUGAGCAGAAACAGAAGAUUGACCAGAUUCUGCUAGCUCAUCCAUCCACGAUGGACCUGAAUGCCCUCUCUGGCCUCGUGUUGGAUGCAAAGCUGGGCUGAGACUGCACUCACGGUGUGGUGAGGACGGGGCAGGGGAGGGCACUAGGUUCUGCCACCUGUUGGUAGAUCCUUCCCUGAGGAAACAUUGCUGUAUGGUAUGGGAGAAAAGGAGUGACAGAUGUUUGGUGUACACAAAACGGAGAUUCUAAAUAAA